UCAUUCUAUAUUCUUCACUUUCAUUCUCCUUCAAGUUUCCUCCUAACAAGGCGUGAAAGAUUGCUCUCAUUGCACUCUCUCUCUAAAAAAAACAAUUCUCUCCUUCUUUUCAAUCGUCUCUAUACACCCUUUUCCUCAUUUUUAGUAUACUUUCACUACCCAAGAAUUUAAACACAAAGCAUACACACACAGAGAAAAUGUAUGCUUGGGAGAGAACAGAGAAGGUGAGGAAAAAUCCGAAAAGCCCUUCAUUUUCUUCGAGCCUUCUCGAUGAAAUCUACCGUGAAAUUGACGGUAGUGAUGAUAGUUACAAGGGUUUUGAGCAGCAGAAAGAGAAGAAUGUGAAGAAUUUGCAUUGCAGCAAGAAUUAUGUCAAUGGUGGUGGUGACAGAGCAAAGGCUAGUGGCAGGACUGUUGAGGAUGAAGAAAUGACAAGCCUUCGACGGGCUUGUUUGAUCGAGAAAUGGAUGGAAAAGAAGGUUAAUGACAAGGUCUCGGCUAGAAAAGGAUCAUUGGUGCCUGAAUUUGACGAGAAGUACUUAAUUCAGGACAAUGACCCUCUUUUUUUUAGCUCGAGUUCUUGUUCUUCGGAUUCUAGUUUCGGAGGAUUUUCAUCCUCCGAAACCGAAUCUUUUGGAGUGGGGAACUGGAAAUCUAGUUCACUCCCUGCUCCAAAACCAAUUAGGACUAAUGUCCAGAAACACGAUCAGUUUUAUUUGUUUGAUGAUUACCGUAAUCAUCAAACAAAUAAAACAAAAGACGGACUGAUCAAGUCAAAAACCAGAGCCGUCAAGAUUUACGAAAAUCUGAAGAAAAUGAAGCAGCCUAUCUCACCGGGUGGUCGGCUCACUGGCUUCAUCAACUCCCUCUUCACACAUGGUGAUCCAAAGAAAACCAAGAAUUCACAUCAAAAUCACAAUGAGGCUUAUGACUUGAACGCGGUUUACGACUUGAGCUCUCACAGGACACGAAAUUCAUCCAAAUGUUCAUCAGCUUCUUCUUUUUCAAGGUCUUGUUUAAGCAAGGAUUCAGCAAGGUCCAAGGAGAGACUCAACAAUGGGAUCAAAAGGACAGUAAGUUUCUUUCCAGUGAGUGUCAUAGUUGAUGAACAUUCUCGUCCUUGCGGUAAUAAAUACUUCGAAAAAGGCGGUGAGAAAUCGCAACGAAAUCAGAACGCAAACGAUUUUGUUUCCACAAAAUAUUGCAAAGAAAAUGAUGCGGAUGCUGAUGAUGAUUAUGAAGACGAUGCGGCUAGUGAUUCGAGUUCGGAUUUAUUCGAACUCGAUCAUUUGUCACUUUUUAAGACGGAUACAUUUUGUGACGAUCUUCCUGUGUAUGAAACUACCUACAUGGAAAAGAACCGUGCCAUAGCAGGCAAAUUCAUCAAAUGAGUUAACUUUUAUUAUUAAUAGAGUUUCUAGUUCUCUUUUUCUCAUUAGCUAAUAGUAUUUGAUCUCUGUUUUAUC